AUGGCGUCCUCGCAGGGGGAGUCGGUGCCCCUGUGGCUCAAGUCCCUCCCUCUGGCGCCCGAGUUCCGCCCCACCGCUGCCGAGUUCGCCGACCCCAUCGCCUACCUCCUCAAGAUCGAGCCCGCCGCGGCGCCCUUCGGCAUCUGCAAGAUCGUGCCACCGCUCCCGCCGCCGCCCAAGCGGACCACGCUCGGUAACCUCUCCCGCUCCUUCGCCGCGCUCCACCCGGACGAUCCCACCCCGACAUUCCCCACCCGGCACCAGCAGCUUGGCCUCUGCCCGCGCCGCCCGCGGCCUGCGCUCAAGCCCGUGUGGCUCUCCUCCCACUGCUACACGCUCCCCAAGUUCGAGGCCAAGGCCGGCGCCUCCCGGAAGGCGCUGCUCGCGCGCCUCAGCGUCCCCGCCUCCAAGCAGCUCUCGCCGCUCGACGUCGAGGCGCUCUUCUGGCGCUCAUCCGCCGACCGCCCCGUCGUCAUGGAGUACGCCAGCGACAUGCCUGGCUCCGGGUUCGCCCCCUGCGCCGCCCGCCCGACGCAGCUGCCCGCGGCGAACGUGGGCGAGACGGCGUGGAACAUGCGUGGCGUGGCACGGAGCCCCGCCUCUCUGCUGCGCUUCGUGCGGGAGGAGGUGCCCGGCGUCACGUCGCCAAUGCUCUACGUCGGCAUGAUGUUCAGUUGGUUCGCCUGGCACGUCGAGGACCACGACCUGCACAGCCUCAACUACAUGCAUUACGGGGCUCCCAAGACGUGGUACGGGGUGCCGCGCGACGCUGCACUCGCCUUCGAGGAGGUGGUGCGCGUCCAUGGGUAUGGCGGGGAGGUGAACUCCUUAGAAACCUUUGCAAUGCUGGGUGAUAAGACGACGGUGAUGUCCCCUGAAGUGCUCGUGGAUUCAGGAAUUCCCUGCUGCAGAUUAGUUCAGAAUACAGGGGAGUUCGUGGUUACUUUCCCCGGAGCAUAUCACAGCGGGUUCAGUCAUGGGUUCAAUUGUGGGGAAGCAUCAAAUUUAGCCACUCCUGAAUGGUUGAGAGUUGCAAAAGAGGCAGCAGUCCGGAGAGCUUCCAUCAAUCGUCCUCCCAUGGUUUCGCACUAUCAGUUGCUCUAUGAACUUGCGCUGUCAUUAUGCUUGAGGGAUCCAUCAAAUGGAGCUAUGGAACCACGAAGCUGUAGAUUGAAGGAGAAGAAGAAAAGUGAAGGGGACCAAUUGAUCAAAAAGAUAUUUGUGCAAAAUGUUAUUGAAGACAAUAAACUGCUUGGUCAUUUUCUGAGUGAUGGGUCUCCUUGCAUUAUUCUUCCAGUCAAUUACAAUGAUGGCUCUCCACUAUCAACUUUGCUCUCAAAAUUCCAGUCAACAACUGAUUCCAGGAUAUCGCAUGACCAGUGCAGUAAGACAGAAGCUCUGAAAGACUCAAGACGCUUACCAAUGGAUGGGGCUGACAAGAACCGGGAAUUGUCGUCUUCCAACAAAAUUCCAUUGUCAGUCUGCUCAGGAAAGACAGUCCCACCUACAACGUGCAUACAUGACUGUGCAAACGUGUCUGGCUCAUCAUAUGCACAUAAUGCAGAAAGUGACAAGGGGGAUAUGCACAGUGCUGCUGGGUUUUUAGACCAGGGUUUAUUAUCCUGUGUCACUUGUGGGAUUUUGAGUUUUUCAUGUGUGGCAGUGAUCAAACCAAGGGAAUGUGCAGCAAAAUGGUUGAUGACUGCUGAUUCUAGUUUGAUCAAUGAUCGACUUGCUAGUUCUGGAGCACAUCAUAUAGAUGCGUUACAAGGUGGGAGGACAACUGGUGGAAUUUUACGAUCAGAUGCUGAAAUGAAUGGCAACAGUGUGAUUUCUUAUGCUGAUGCCGUGCCUCUCAAUGAGCAUUCUGCUCUUGAUCUUUUGGCAUCAGCUUAUGGAGAUCCAUCAGAUUCUGAUGAAGAUGUUAUGAACAAAAAAGAUCAGGUCCCUAAUGUCUCCAACGAAUUAAUAUAUCGCACAAUUGAAUCACAACCCAAUACUUCAAAUAAUGGUGAUUGUGAUGGAACAAAGGUGUCCUCGAGUAGUAAAGAACGCCAACAAGGACUAACUUCCCAGAGCUCAAAGUGUAUUGGUAACUCAAACACCUUGAAUGGACCAAAAGGGGUUCGCACUAGAAAUAAGGAUCUACUUAAGAUGGUGCUUUCUGAAGGUUUUCAACCAAAAGACAUAUAUUCGGAGACACAUAAGAAGGUUCAGUGUGAAUCAUCAAGCUCAAACAAGACUUCAACAGAGAGCCCUUGUGGCACAGAUUAUCGUGUUAGCCAUAACAGUGCUACAAUCUGUAUGGACAGCCACAGAGGUUCUAUGACUAUGGUGAACAACUUAGUUACAUCAGUUGUGAAACCUGAUAAGGAUUCAUCAAGAAUGCAUGUAUUUUGUCUUGAACAUGCUAUUGAGGUUGAGAAGCAACUUCAAGCUAUUGGUGGUGCUGAUAUUUUUCUUUUAUGCCAUCCAGAAUUUCCCAGAAUAGAAGCAGAAGCAAGAUUGCUGACUGAAGAAAUGGAAUUUGAGUAUGAUUGGAAGGAUAUUCUUUUCAAAGAGGCCACUAUUGAGGAUAGGGAGAAGAUACAUGAAGUUGUGCGGGAUGAGGAAGCAAUACCAACAAAUAGUGAUUGGGCUGUAAAACUGGGCAUUAAUCUUUACUAUAGUGCUAAUCUUGCUAAGUCUCCUUUAUACAACAAGCAAGUGCCAUACAAUAGAGUUAUCUAUGAGGCAUUUGGUUAUGGUUCUCCCAAUGACUCACCAGUAAAGCUGAAGACUUAUUCCAGAAGGCAAGGCCGGGCGAAGAAAAUAGUCUUGGCUGGUAGGUGGUGUGGGAAAAUAUGGAUGUCAAACCAGGUUCAUCCAUACCUGGCUGACAGAAUCAAAAUUCAUGAGCCGGAAGAAAUCGAUGAAACCUUCACUUCUGAUCAGAAAUCCAAUGCUGAACCUGUUGAAGAUUCAAGUAGAGAGGCAGCCUCCACAAGAAAGAGUAGCAGCAGGGCAAUCGAAGGAAAAACAACCAAGAGGGAGAAAGAACCAUUGGAGAAAGCUAAUGCGAAGAAGCCAAAAUUUACUGAAGAGGACAAUUCCAAAUCAUUAGAAGGUACUGCUGAAGCCUCCACACAGAAGAUAAAGAGCAGAACAGUUCUAGAAAAAACAAGCAAGAGGGAGAAAGAGCAUGUGGAGAAAGCAAAUACCAAGCUAAAACAUACUGAAAAGGUCAUUUCAGAAGCACUAAAAGGUCCUUCAGAAGCCUCCUUCCCCGCACCAGCUGGGAUGGUAGUCCGCAGUAGCUCUAGGAUUGCCAAUAGGAAAAGCAUAUUGAAAUCAAAGAUGGAAGAAGAGGAUAAUGGCUCAGCUAACCGACCAAAGUCAAAGGUUGAAGAUGACAAAGAUAAUCCUGCUGGACGUUCAAGAGCAAAAUCACUAAGGCAAAAGACUAAAGUUGACGCGAAGAAGAAAACAAAGGAAACUAGAGCAGAAAAGCGAAAGGCUCCUAGUCCAGCUUCUCGGAAGGACGAAGAAGAGCAACCAUAUGAUGUUGAGGGAUGUUCUAUCACUAAACAACAGCUGUCUUUAAGUAAGAAGGGGGCUAAAAUAGAAGAAAAGCAGCAAAUGGAGAAAUCUAGGUACAGGGGAAGGGCUCCCCCAAGUUCUCCAAAGCGCAAGGAAGAGUAUGCUUGUGACAUUGAAGGCUGUUCCAUGAGUUUUGGCACAAAACAGGCGCUGUCUCUGCAUAAGAAUGAUAUCUGCCCAGAGAAGGGCUGUUGCAGGAAGUUCUUCUCGCACAAGUAUCUUCUACAGCACCGCAAGGUUCACAACGAUGACCGUCCACUGAAAUGCCCAUGGAAGGGCUGCAGCAUGGCGUUCAAGUGGCCAUGGGCUAGGACAGAGCACAUGAGGGUUCACACGGGCGACAGGCCCUAUGUUUGCCCUGAACCAGAGUGCGGGCAGACAUUCAGGUUCGUCUCUGAUUUCAGCCGCCACAAGCGCAGGACAGGCCAUGCAGGCAUGCCAGCCAAGAAAGCGAUAGGAAAGAAGUGA